CAACGUGGAACAGUUCCCUGAAGAGUGUCACAAUGUUCCUGGUACAAUAUACAGGAUUGAACCAGCUUCCCUUUGACCCUGCUAGCAACAACGAACCCUUGCAGUUUGGUAGUGCCAGUGGCCCUCUGGUCACAGAAAGCCUCAUUGAAAAUGGAGGGGAAUCAAGCAAAAAAAGAAAGCGAACAAAUGCUCCUUCAGCCUUUCUCUCAGCAUAUCAUACUUCCGUGAUGUACAUGUUGCCUGUUGCUGUGGUGCUGGAAGCUGACAGCACUAGAACUCUGAAUGUGGAUGCUACUGCGAUGACCUUACCUAUGUCUGAUCCCACUGCAUGGGCCACAGCAAUGAAUAAUCUUGGGAUGGCACCAAUGGGAAUUGCUGGACAACCAAUUUUACCUGACUUUGACCCUGCUCUUGGAAUGAUGACUGGAAUCCCACCCUUAACUCCAAUGAUGCCUGGUUUGGGAAUAGUACCUCCGCCAAUUCCACCAGAUAUGCCAGUAGUGAAGGAGAUCAUACAUUGUAAAAGCUGCACACUCUUCCCUCCAAACCCAAAUCUUCCACCUCCUGCAACCCGAGAAAGACCACCAGGAUGCAAAACUGUAUUUGUUGGCGGCCUGCCUGAAAAUGGGACAGAGCAGAUCAUUGUGGAAGUAUUUGAACAGUGUGGUGAGAUUAUUGCUAUUCGGAAAAGCAAAAAGAAUUUUUGCCACAUUCGCUUUGCUGAGGAGUACAUGGUGGACAAAGCCCUUUAUCUGUCUGGUUACCGAAUCCGACUGGGCUCUAGCACUGACAAAAAGGACACAGGUCGGCUCCAUGUUGACUUUGCACAGGCUCGAGAUGACCUAUAUGAGUGGGAAUGUAAACAGCGCAUGCUCGCUAGAGAGGAGCGCCACCGCAGAAGGCUGGAAGAAGAAAGAUUGCGCCCUCCAUCCCCACCUCCCGUGGUCCACUAUUCUGAUCACGAAUGCAGCAUUGUGGCCGAAAAACUGAAAGAUGAUUCCAAAUUUUCUGAAGCUGUUCAGACUUUGCUCACCUGGAUUGAGCGAGGAGAGGUGAACCGUCGCAGUGCCAACAACUUCUACUCCAUGAUCCAGUCGGCCAACAGCCACAUCCGUCGCCUAGUGAAUGAGAAAGCUGCCCAUGAGAAAGACAUGGAAGAAGCAAAGGAAAAGUUCAAGCAGGCCCUUUCUGGAAUCCUCAUUCAGUUUGAGCAGAUCGUGGCUGUGUACCAUUCAGCGUCCAAACAAAAGGCCUGGGACCACUUCACAAAAGCCCAGCGUAAAAACAUCAGCGUUUGGUGCAAACAAGCUGAGGAAAUUCGCAACAUUCACAAUGAUGAACUAAUGGGAAUCAGGCGAGAAGAAGAAAUGGAAAUGUCUGACGAUGAAAUAGAGGAAACAACAGAAAGAAAAGAAACUGAGGAAUCAGCUUUAGUAUCACAGACAGAAGCUCUAAAGGAAGAGAAUGACAGCCUCCGCUGGCAGCUUGAUGCCUAUCGCAAUGAGGUUGAACUGCUCAAGCAAGAACAAGGCAAAGCUCCCAGAGAAGACGAUCCCAGCAAGGAACAGCAGCUGAAACUCCUGCAACAAGCCCUGCAAGGAAUGCAACAGCAUCUACUCAAAGUCCAAGAUGAAUACAAAAGGAAAGAAGCAGAACUGGAAAAAAUCAAAGAUGACAAAUUUCAGGUGGAAAAAAUGUUGGAAAAUCUCAAAGAAAAGGAGAGCUGUGCUUCUAGACUGUGUGCAUCCAGCCAGGAGAAUGACUACCCUCUUGAGAAGACCUUCAACAGCAGUCCUGUCAAAUCGGAACGUGAAGCACUGCUAGUGGGGAUUAUCUCCACUUUCCUUCAUGUUCACCCCUUUGGAGCCAGCAUUGAGUACAUCUGUUCCUACUUGCACCGUCUUGACAAUAAGAUCUGCACCAGUGAUGUGGAAUGCCUCAUGGGCAGACUCCAGCACACCUUCAAGCAGGAAAUGACAGGAGUUGGAGCCAGCCUGGAGAAGAGGUGGAAGUUCUGUGGCUUUGAGGGCUUGAAACUGACCUGAGUCCCUUAGCAUAACAACUUGGGAUCCUGAAAAUAAAUAUGUGUUGGACAAGCGUAGAACGUGAUUUGUAUUUUCAGUGUUGUUCAAGUAGAAGUUGCUUACACUUUAAAAAAUAAUUCCUAAGAUGUCUUUUGAGUUAAAAUAAGGAUCCUAGAACAGCACCUCGAGCCACAGGCCCUAAAAAAAGAAACUGACUCAAACCUCAAGUGCUGUAACUUUCGCCCCUCUUUGUCAAUCGGUUGCCCCUUUUCUUCCCCGCCCCCAGUAGUAGUAGUAGUCAUCUUGAAAAAACCCCGAGGCUAAAGAAUGGAGUGUGUUUUCCGUGUCUGUACUACUGUUGUAAAGUUUCUUGUAAAGUUUGCUAUUUUGAAAGCACUGCUUACUGAAAUAGUUUGAUGAUUUGUAUGUGAUUUGUGUUUCAAAACUUCUUAGAUUAAUGUUGCUACCGGUGAGAGAGACGAGAGGACCACUAGGUACUCGGUAUCAGUGACAUUGCCUUUCCAACCCUUAGUGAAGGAAUGAGGCUUCAAUGUCUUCUGGAAGGUGCCUGCUCAUGGUCACCUUUAAAAAGACAAAGCAUGGUGUGUGGUGUUUUGUUUAAAUUACUAUGAGCCGAACAUCCACAAACGUUCCAAAGUUAUUUUCUGUAAUAGAUUCAAUUAAAAGUCUAUUUCAGACUUUAAAAAAAAUCUAGAUGUGUUCACAGAAAGCAAGUAUCCAGUAUGACUGAUAGUGUACGUGCUCUUCCAAAUCACCUUGUAAAUAGUCUGCUUUUCCAAGGAGGGCACAUAUCAUUUGCUAUGAAUCCUUGUGCAUCGACAGGUACGCACGUAUGUGCGUGCACACGUGCAUAGACACGCAGUAACAGAAGAGAUUUCAUAUUCUUUCUCCUCUGGCUGACUUGCAACGUCGUGUGGUUCCUUUUUUUCUGCAGCCCGUGUGUUGAAUUGCAAACAUAGACUGCUGUCAAUACUAGGUUGACUUCAUGCUGAAUGUUUGCAAAGAGUCCUGGGAGUAUUAAUGGGAACUUCUUAGUAACUAAUAAAGAAAGGGCCCAAGUGUGAGAGGCUUCCUGCAAAUAGGCCAGCUCCGCCAAGAGGGGCUGGCUGCUGGGACGCCUCCAGCUGAAUGGUGCCCAUUAGCAGAUCUUGGCAGUAGCAGGGUAAGUGGGCCAGGCAGAAAAUUAUGCUUGGUGGAAAAGAAAGGGAAAGGACAGGAGUCUGGAGGUCACGUCCCCAGGCAAAGUUCUUGGGUUUUGGUUUGGUUUGGGGAGGGGGUGUGUGUUUUGUUUUGGUUUGGUUUGGUUUGGUUUUUGUGUGUAUGGUGGUGCUUAUAAAAUGCAAGCAUGGCCUCCCUCGAGUCUCUGUUGAAGAUAAGAGAAUGUAAGUAGUAAACAAAUCCAAUGGAGCAUAUUUCAGGAAAAUACUUUGUAUAUGAUAUGUCUGUAGUGUUCAAAGUUGUAUUUUUAAAAGAUAAAUAAUUCCUUUUUUACACCUUA